UCUUGCAGCCACAUUUAGAUGGUGAUCGCAGCCCAGUCCUUGGAUGCAGUUUGCCAGGCGUCUUAUUCGAACAGCGCGGCGCAGGUCGAUGCGAGUCGCAGUAAUAAACGGAGAAAGGGGGAACUCUGCGUGGAAGACCUGUUCAUUAAUGUGUGCGAUGUGUAUUGUGCUUUUUAUCUAAACCCCUAUGUUUCAACAAAAUUCCAGGUGUCAGGCAGUAAUAUAUGCGAUAAAUCUCUGUUUUCAAAUCAACAAAUGUAGCUGUGGAAUGCAUCCAUCCGUUUUUUUAGCGUACUGAAUCCUUGCCUGGCUUUUGCCAAGGCCUACACUUCAGUCGCUUUGGGUAUCUCUGCGGGUGUCUGCUCGUCUGUCAAAGGUCUCCAGAAAAGAAGAUAUUAAGAUGAGUGGAGAGUCAGUGGAGCGGACAGAAUCCCACAGUGAUCAAGCAGACAAUGAACAACAUGAACUUGACUUCACAAGACAGAUUAAGACAGAGGAGAUCAGCGAAUCCCCGCACUCCAUUCCAUCACACAAGACAUGUCACCUGACACAAGGAUCUCCCAUGUCUGCUGGGCACUUGACAGGGGACCUGCCCCCCCUACACCCACUUCAGCAGCUGGUCCUCAUGCCCGGAUCACAUAUUCCUGCCUCCUCAUCCCUCUUGCUGUCUCAGACACAGACUGGGCACCAAGCCUUGCUGCAGCAAAAUCUACUUUCCCACUCCCAGUCAGGCCCCAUGCAGCACCAGCCAGGAUUGGCGAUCACUCCACAGGCGAUGAGUCGGUCAGGCCUGGCUGGGUCCUCGCUGGAUGGGCAUCCGGAGAUGCCCCAUCUUCAGGUUCCCAAGCAUUUGGCCCCUAUGCAGCAAGAUGAGCCCAGUGACUUGGAGGAGCUGGAGCAGUUUGCCAAGGCCUUUAAGCAGAGGCGCAUCAAACUGGGCUUCACUCAGGGCGACGUGGGCCUGGCCAUGGGAAAGCUGUACGGGAACGAUUUCAGCCAGACCACCAUCUCUCGCUUUGAGGCGCUCAACCUGAGCUUCAAGAACAUGUGCAAGCUGAAGCCGCUGCUGGAGAAGUGGCUGAGCGACGCAGAAAACUCGCCAUCUGAUGCUAUAGCCAGCACUACUACUCUGCCCCCGCCAAUGGAGGGUUACGUCAGAAAGAGGAAGAAGAGGACGAGUAUAGAAACAAACAUCAAGAUGACUUUAGAGAAACGCUUUCAUGAUAAUCCCAAACCCAAUUCGGAGGAGAUCACACUGAUCUCAGAGCAGCUGGCGAUGGAAAAGGAAGUGGUCCGGGUCUGGUUCUGUAACCGGAGACAGAAAGAGAAGAGGAUCUUCUGUCCAAUGUCUACUCCAUCCUUGAAACCUCCCAGUUACAACUCCAGACUCGUACCAACCUCCAGGUCAUUCAGUCCACAUACUGCAAGUGCAGUGUCAUCCAGUUCAUCUCCCAGCAGUCCCAGCCGCGGAUCUUCUCCAGGCCCCCUCGCUUCACAGGGGGUCACCCAAUCCAUCAACACCGCAGGGUCAUGGUACAGAGCAUGGAACCCCUCCUACCUUCACUGAUGGAGGACAGUUGGCUUACAGUUUGUAAGGGCCUGAAAGCCACAUGUGCAAAAAGGUUACUUGAUUAAGCUCUGCGGAAAAAAGGAGGACGUCAGCAUGAAUAAGAGCCAGAGCAAAGGAAAACAUUACAUGUAUUUCUGCAAUAAAGUACAAUAAUUGUAUGGCAACUCUACGUCGAUUUAAAUGAAGACUUUUGAUACCUCCUGUUUUGUUUUAAGUUUGACAACACAGCAUGCUUGGUGAACUGAAACUCUUUACAACAUCUGGAAUGCGGUGAGAGAGAUCUCCAAUGCAGCACUUCCAGAAGGUUCUACAAGCUGUUCUCACAACUGCAUUUAUUGAAGAAGUGCCCUUUUUCCAAGACUGGGCACCGACACACAGAGUGGAAAGACAUCAGUCAUUUAGAUUGUAUUUAUUGAGCAAGUCUAUCUGAAUAUAUUGUGAAUAAAAUUGGUUAAUAUUUUCUGUUACAUGCAUAUUUUUGUUUUAUACGAUGUCCUUAGCUUUGAGAAAUUGGCAAAAUGUGUAUUUUAGAAUAUCUUUAAUCUUUAUUUUUGAAUUAUUCUGUCAGUUUUUUUUCUUUCACACUAGAGUGGUUAUGGGUGAUUUCUUAAUUAUAUUUUGCUGCAAUCUUACAGUUUUGAAGUUUACGUGUGUGAAAAUGUCAUUGUAUACAUUUUGAAGACACUUUGUCCCAUGCAUUCUAAUGUUUGGCAGUGGCUUUUAAACACUUUAAAACACGGAUUUCAAUGUUUAAUAAUGAAGAAAUAAAAUGUGUACAUACUGUU